AUGCCAAAUAGAGAAGAAAACAUAAAAAGUUUGGCAGAAAAGUAUAGUGAAGAUCUUCAAUGUAGUUCAGAUUCAGUAAUUGGAGAAGUAUUGACAUGGACACAAAAAUUUGUUGGAACAGAAAAACCAAAAAAUGCAUUAGAAGCUCUUAUAGCAUGUAACCCACUCAUUUUUCCAUCUACUUAUAAACUUCUCCGAAUAAUAGCUACACUUCCCGUAACUACAGCAAGCAGUGAAAGGUCAUUUUCUACAUUAAAAAGACUUAAGACAUACCUUAGAAAUACUAUUGGAGAAAACAGAUUAAAUAGUUUAGCACUACUAAAUAUUCAUCGUGAAAUGAUUUUAACAACAGAUGAAGUUCUUAAUGACUUUGCAAAAGACUCAAGAAAAAUAAGAUUGUUAUAA